AUGCGUAAUAAUCAGUUAAUAGCUUGGCUUAUUACUAGCCAGAUAAUUCUUACAGUGACAGCACAAUCGACUCUAAAUGUUGAGCUCGAGCAUACUGAUGGGCGUGCUAUGAGCACAUUAGCUCGUAUCAAACGCGCGCUUGGUAAAUAUGGCAUAGUCGAUAAUGAGCUUAAUGGGCGUAUCAGUUCGGCUAUCUCAGGUGUAGAAUUAGAAAGUGUCUAUGUAGAUAUAGAGUAUAUUGGUGAAAUAUCUAUUGGAACACCUCCACAAAAGUUUACUAUGGAUUUUGACACGGGAAGUUCAGAUAUCUGGAUACCGUCUACUUCUUGCCUUCAAUCUUGUGGUACACACCGUCGAUUUGAUCCUACCAAGUCGUCAUCAUUUGAAAUUGUUAGCAACAAGACCUGGAGGCUCCAGUACGGAGACGGAUCAAGCGUCAGAGGCUAUGUUGGCAUAGACUCUGUACAUAUCGGCAAGGUUACGCAGGAUCGUCAACUCUUGGGUUUAGUCUCUGCCGAAACAGUAGACUUGUCCCGUGAUAAGUACAUGGACGGUAUCUUUGGCCUAGGGUUCCCUCCGUUGGCUUAUACAGGGCUUCAAAGCUCGAUCGUUGAGGAUUUGUUUCGUUCGGGACGAAUAGCUGAUCCUGUAGUUAGCUUUUAUUUAGGCCACCCUCGUGAUGGUGGAAGAGGCGAAAUCCUUUUCGGUGAUAUAAACAAGGAACAUUUUGAAGGAGAACUCAAGUACGUUCCAUUAACUGAAAAGACAUAUUGGCAAGUUGAUUUAAAUGGUAUUGGUGUGAAGGGUAAAGAUAUCAUGAAUGGUACAAGCAUGCCUGCUAUUGUGGACACAGGAACCACCUUGAUUAUUCUUCCAACAGCCCUGUCAAGAGCUAUUCAUGCAUCCAUCCCUGGGGCACAGUAUAACUUUUUUUAUGGUUGGCGAAUGCCAUGCGACUUGGCAGACUCAAAAUCAGACGAAACCAUCACGUUCAAUUUAGGUGAUCAAGAAUUCCCUAUCCCUCUCAGGGACAUCGUCAGAGUCAAAAGGAGAAGCUGA